AGUGGAGCGAGCCACCUUAGUCCCCAAAAGCCUUCUUCCCUCCCCACCUCCUCCUCCGGCGACGCACGCAUCCGCCGCCGUCCGCCGCCUACCGCGCCGCCGCAGAGGUCUCAUCCUCGCCUUCCGCCGAAGGGUAGCCGGAGCUCCGAGAAGCAUAGCCACAAGCACCGAUCAUGGCUGACUACGAGCAGGAGCAGGAGAUGGAGGUGGAGGCGCUGCAGGCCAUCCUCAUGGACGACAUCAAGGAGAUCGACCCCAGCGAGAGUGGGAUCGCCACCACCGCCCGGUGCUUCCAGAUCCUUCUCUCCCCUCAGGAUGAUGAUUUUGACGAGUCUGCUUAUGUUCCAGUGCAAUUGGCUCUGAUCUUUGCGCACACCGAGAAAUACCCAGACGAACCUCCUCUGCUGAAUGUCAAAAGUGUGCGUGGAAUUAAACCAGAUGAUAUUGCAUCCCUGAAGGAAAAACUUGACCAGGAGGCAACAGAGAAUCUUGGCAUGGCUAUGGUCUAUACUCUCGUUUCAUCAGCCAAAGAGUGGCUAAGUGAGAAAUAUGGUCAGAAUGGAGGCGACGAGGAACCUGAAGAAACUGAAGAGAAAGAAGAGGAGGUCAUUGUACCCCAUGGUGAAGCUGUUACUGUGGAGAGCUUCCUGGCCUGGAGAGAACGUUUUGAAGCUGAAUUGGCCCUACAGCGUGCUAAACUUAUGCCGGAUUCAGCUCUUACAGCUCCAAAGGAAAAGAAACUCACAGGACGGCAGUAUUUUGAAAGUGGAAGGCAUGCAGUGAAAGGAGCAAGCACAGUUGCAGAUGAAGAUGAGGAAGAGGACGAAGACAUUGAAUUUGACGAUGAUUUUGAAGAUGAUGAAGAGGACAUGCUUGAGCAUUAUUUAGCCGAACAAUCAGGGAAGCCAGCAGCUUAGGCUACAAGGCCAAACAGAAGUACCUUGAUGGGCAGAAUUUACUUCGGAAAUCCAAUGUGGUAGUAUGUUAUGGGUAGAGCACCAGAGCUCACUAUUUUGUGUGAUUCUCAUCAUUUGGUUGCCUCCUGGUGGACCUCUUUAAGCUUCUAUACAAAGGCAAGGUGGCUGUGGGCUCACAAAUAUAAGCUGAGGGUUUUGGAAGGUCAAGCUGCACCUACAAAAUGUACUUUGCGGUAUAACUUUUAGUCAGGUGUAACAUGUAUGUUUACUGUGGAGCGUGUUGCAAAAUUUUGGAGAGAUCUUGAUGAUAAUACAUGGAAUGCUAUUCUUUUCGCA